GUAUAAUUAAGGUGUAAAAUGGUGUCGUGCACGUUUAUUUCGUUAACAAAGACUGACAUUUUGAUACCAAGAAAGGUGCUUCAGGAAUGGCGUCCCCCACAUGUGCCGCCUAUUGAAUUUCGUCUCCUUUGGAAGUUUGAGAAAUUGAUGACCUGCUUGUAAAUAGAGGCUGUAAAUAUAGCAGAUAAAGAUGAGUUUGGGUGCGCGCGCCACCAAGGGUGGUGCGAAGAAGGAUGGGAAACAGGACAAAGGCAAGGCCGCAGAAAAGCCUCAGCCUAAGGAAAAGACGAAACCACAGGCAACCACAGAACAACUUCGUAUGGCAAAUAUGAUCGACUGCAAAAGCGAAGAUCCGUCUGACGUACGAAGAAUGGUUACCGAACUCAUGGAUAUGACUCGACGUACCGAAGAAGAGGUCUGUUCAGCACUACAUGACACCAACAACGACAUGGCAGCUGCUUGCAAUCUUCUGUACGAGGAGAGUCAGCGGAUACAGGGUGAAUGGCAAACCAGAGAGAAGAAGAAGAAAAAGCCCGCUUCGACCGCCGGCAACGGAGACGUGGAGGCGCCGCGAGACACCGCCCGCAGCCGCUCCGGGCCGCGCACACGACGCGGCGAGGGCGAGGGCGGGGCGGCGCGCGGGCGCGGCGCGGGGCGCGGGCGGGGCGGCGCGCGCGGCGGGCGCGGCGCGGGGCGCGGCGCGCGGCGGGGCGCGCCGGCCCGCGCGCACGCGCCGCGCGACGGCGCCGACUGGCCGCACGCGCCCGACACCGGUGGCAACAUCGACUCAUUUCCUACCACAGAAGACUGGGACAAUGAGGAGUGGUCUGGCUCUCUUUCAGAUACUAAGGUGUUCACGCCGAGCGUGAAUACGCAGAACGCAGGCAGCGACGCAGACGGCACGUCCGCACAACCGCCCGCCACAGAGGAUUGGGAGUGUACCGCGGAGACAAAUGGUCCACGGGAACCUCACAUCCCAACUUACACCUACCACAAUACACAGCAACACAUCCCGCCGCAACUGAGCGCAAACAGCGCCCCGCCGCCCAAAAGCGAACCCGACAGCAAUUACCAUGCGCAGCACCACCAGCCGAUGGGUAUGUCAGGAAGCCUGAGUGCGGCGCAGACGCAGUACCUGUCGCAGCUCACGCAGCAGGCGCAGAGGCACGACGCCAGUGUCUACACGAGCAACUACGGCGUGUACGGCGACAUUUCCACACAGCGCAAGACGCAGCGAGUACGAGUACCGCCGCCAUCUAAGAUCCCGUCGUCGGCGGUGGAGAUGCCGGGCGGGCCGGAGAGCGGCGGCGGCGUGUUCCUGGACGUGCAGUUCGGCGCGCUGGAGUCGGACGCGCUGCACGACGCGCCCGCCGCCUGCGCGCUCGCCGCGCCGCCCGCACCGCCCGCGCCGCCCGCGCCGCCCAAGCAGGUCACACAAGCAGAAACACAGCCAGUAUCCUCAAGUCAUGAAACAACGACAGAGGCCCCAAGCAACAGUUAUCCCAACACAAACAGUAUGCAGUUAAGUGAAAGCUUAUCGGUAGCAGAAACGACGCCAGUGAGUCAACCGGUUACGACAGAAUCUACAGUUACAAACAGCACAUCGCUGGACAAGCUGUCGGCGUCCAUGAAGCAGCUGGGCGUGGCGGGCGCGGCGGGCGCGGCGGGCGCGGCGGGCGCGGCGGACGCGGCGCCGCCGCAGCCGCACCACCACUACGCGCACCACCGGCCCAAGACGGUCGGACAGCAAAACGUGUACGCCCAUCACGCAGUGUCGCAUCACCCGCCCGUGUACGGAGCUAAUGUUUACGCGCAACAGGUGAAUUCCACAAACGCGUCGCUAACGGGCGCCUCGCUGGCGAGUGCGUACCCCUCCAGCGUCACGCUCACACAGUACCAGCCCAUCAUCAACUCCUACCAGCAGACGCCGGCGUCGUCGGCGGUGUCGGGCGUGACGGCGGCGUACGGCGGCAGCGCGCUGUACACGGCGGCGCCCUACUCCGCGCACCCCGCGCCCUACCACCACCCGCCCAAGCACCACAAGGACGCGCAGCCGCAGUACGACAGCUCCGUGGCCGCCAGCAACAGCCUGACCAGCACGUCCACCACGCAGACGUCGACGGCCAAGGUGGCCACCACGACGGUGAGCGGCGCGGCCGGCGCGGGCGCCGCGUCGUCGGCGGCCAGCUCGGCCGGCGCUACGGGCGCUACGGGCGCGGCCGGCUACGCGGGCGGCGCGCUCUACGGCGGCGCCUACGCCUACGACGAGCAGCUCAUGAGGAGUGGCCUGCCGCACCACAUGGGUGGAUACUAUGAAGUUGGCUACAGUGCGCGGGAAGGAACAUUUGGAUUGGGAGCUGGAGAGAGGUUUGGUAGGACAGACGCUGCGUCACCUCAACAGGUUCCUGCCGCGUUACCUCCAGGCUAUGCAUACUUCUACCAACCACCGCCUACAACGUACCAGUAUGGUGUCUAUCCCACGUACGGUGGUGGAUCCAGCGUAGGGGGUGUUGGCGGAGUGGGAGGAGUCGGUGGUGUAGGCGGAGUUGGAGUUGGCGGUGUGUCCGGCGGUGGUAAGGUUUCUGCGUACUCGCAGCAGCAGCAACCGCCCUACGACGCGCAAGACACUUACAAACCUGGCGGCCCCUACACGGGCAGCGCCAGCAAGGCGGCGGCCGGCGCCACCGAGCUCUCCAGCGCCAUGUACGGGAAGGCGCACGUCGCGCUCAACAAGGUCAAUAGCUACGAGAAGGCCGGUUUCCACAGCGGCACCCCGCCCCCCUUCGGCGCCGGCUCGCACCUGUACAUCCCCGCGCCGCCCCACCACCACCCGCACCACCACGCGCCGCAGCAGCACCAGAUGGAUGGUCGGGUGAACAGUAGUCAUAAUAGGCGGGAGAGCGGGUCUGCGGGUCGCUCGGGCGCCGCCAAGCCGGCCGCCAGCAAGCCCUCCUACUCGCAGUCCUACUGGGCGCCCAACUAGCUCUCCUGGCUCUCACCACACAAGAUAAACACGUGUACAUAGAAGGCGACCGCUCCCCUCAGAACUCAACUGUCGUCGGCCACGCCGGCCGCGCCGGUCGCUCCGGUCGCUCCGGCCGCCGGACCCGUCGCCGGCGUACCCGCACUGUCCUGUGUAACGUGUAAUCAUGUCAUUUGUCGCGUUAUCGUCGCGUGCGCACGAGAAACACUUGUUGAUAGAUAUUUGCAGAUUUAAGCUUAGAAUGACGCGCUCACCCCGUACCCGAUCGCUUCUAGGUAUUUUUUUUUUGUUAAGGUGACUCCUGCGGCCUUCCUGCGCGUUUCUAAUGUGUCAAUUUGUAUGGAAAUAUUUUAAAAGUAAAAUAAUUGAUAGUGUAUAGUGUCGAUUUGUAAAUGCUCUCCUAAAAUAAAUAUAUAAAACUAACGCGAAGCGAAUGCCGCUCGACUAGCUACGUAACACUUUGUAAUAUUGACGCGAAUACGAAACUUUUGUAUCGUUCGUGCUGGCGUGCUAUUUACUUGUAUAAAAUGUGACAAGCGUCGGGCGCACGUGUGGGCGUGUUAUUCUCCAAUCUCUCGUGCUGCUCGCGUGCGAACGUGACCUUGUGUAACAAGUGUACGAAACCGGCCCUCUUCAUUUUGUUAUGUGCGUGAUAUAUUAUAUAUACAUUAUUACUACAUAAAAACAGACAGUACGUGUAUCUAUUUAAACGUGUAACUGAUAUUGUAAAAUAAAAUGAAAGGUAAUUGAAUGAAAAGGUAAUCUAUGUUAAUAAAAUGUUUCUUUGGAAAUUCCUAGUGUAUUUAAGCGUCGGGGCGCAGCGUUUUUUUUUUUUAGUAAUAACAUUAUGAAAAUACAGCGUUUUAACGCGAGAUUAGGUUAGUUAGCUAUUAUUUGGGUUAUUUUUACGGCGAGCACACCCUGCGGGCCCAACGUGUACGCGCCGUGUUCCUGCCGCCCAGUGUGUGCGCGCCCUACGCUCCCGCCGCGUCCCGCGCGAGUCUCAUUUACGCGUAAGUCCGCUCCGUUAGGUUACUUUUUUUUAAAUAAAUUAACAGUAGUGCUACAUUUAUCUUUAUAUAUAAAAAAAUAUGUAUAUGUAUGUAAGCGUUUGGUGCGCUAUGCGCGCCGAAACUUUUGUAUUUAGUUGUCAUACUUUUUGUAAUUACAUAUUAUUAUUAAAAAAAUAAAAAUAAAUGGACGUUGUAGUUGGUAAUGUAACAAUCGUAUUAAAAUAGUCGAGGUCUUUUUUAUUGUGAAGGAAUGUCGAGAUGAUCUCGCAGGCAUUUGAAACUAUGAGGGAAUACACAUAUUGGAACAUGA